AUGGACGCGUCGUCAUCGGACCGGUUUUUGGCUGCGUUGCGGGACGUGGCCGAGCGCCGCAACAUGAAGCACGGCUUCAUCACGCCGUACGACAGCCCCGGCUUUGCGAAAGGCUGCUACAUGCUUCUCGGCGAGCUCCGUCGCUGCGCCAAGACGCUGGACGGAAAGUUCGACUACCGCGUGCCGUUUGAACUCUUUGACACGGAUAAGACGGGCUCCAUCAGCAUGCCAUCCCUCGAAGCGACGCUUCUCGACAUGGAUUUGGGAAGCUUCCUCAGCCCAAGUGAAAUCAAGAGCUUGCUGCGGCGGUUCGAGCUCGACCACAACGGCGGUGUUAGCUACGACGAAUUCUGUCGAUUCGCGACGACCAGCGACGAGAGCCACCACUUAUUGUCGCAUUGGAACGACCCCAAGCUCGUCACGUGCAUGAAGGAAGCGUUUGCGACGACGCUGCCGGCGGCGGGCGCCGAGACCUUUGCGUCCGUCUUCAAGCGCAUGUGCUUGAUUGCCGACAAGGCAAACACGGGCAUGCUGUCAGCGACCAAGUUUGGGCAGCUGUUUGAUGCGCUCGACCUGCAGCUGCCGCGCAAGUCCAAAAAGGACCGACCGUUCUUGCUCGAUGCGCUUGUGCAGUACGCACAGUCGGAAGACGCGAUCCCGUACGAUACGUUUUGCCAAGUGUUUCUCGCUUGCAUGCUGCCGACGGCGAAUUUGUCCGGCGAAGACACUGCGACCAGCGUCAACCCAGCCCUCGCGCUCGAGCUCCACGCAGAGAUUCAAAAGGCCGAAGACAAAGCCGGCGCGCGCUUUGACUUUAAAACUGCCUGCGAGCACUACAAGAAUAAGCUCAGCGCGAGCGACUUCAAGGAACUUCUCUGGACCGCCGGUGUCCGACACCCGUUUUCCCCCGACGAGGUCUCGGCGCUGCACCGGUACUUUGUGGCACCAACGACGCAGCAGUGGGACUCGAACGUCUUUCUUGACUUUGUUGUGCGCGGGCCCAAAGUCUUCGAGUCGGGCGAAAGUCGGGGCAAGGUCGACGCUGUGAUUGCGCAAAUGCAGCAAAGCAUCUUGGACACCGUGGCGAACGAGAAGGAUGCCGACCGCUUCCGUCGCCUCUUCCUCGAGUACGACGUGAAUCAAGACGGGUCCAUCUCCACCGACGAGUUUCUCCUCGUGCUCGACGAAAUGGGCCUCUCCAAAGGGCUCACAGCCGCGGAAAAGUCGUCGAUUCUGCAUUUCUUCGACUCGAACCAAGACAACGACAUCGACUAUCUCGAGUUCUUUCACUUUGCAACCAACGCCGACAAGAUCCUACAGACAAAGGUCGACCCGACCAAAGCGCCGCCGCCCCAAGCUACGCCUCCCGCACCGACCAGUGGAGGAAAUGGCUCGCCGAGCAAACCGCCGAGUCCAGCAGCCAAAGCCUCGUCUGCAAAACCACCUGCGUCGCCGACCAAAGACCAAAUGCAAGCGCUCCAAAACCAAGGGGCCUUUACACGCCUGGGCAAGCAGCUCGUGCGCGUGGCGAUCUUUGACCAGCUGCUUCCGCGGCCGUUUGUCUUUGCAAAGUACUUUGUCAAGUACAAGUCUGGAGACGGCGUCACGGCGUCCAAGUUUUCUCAGAUUCUAGACAAGUUUCUAGACACGGUGUUGCGUCAGGACCGUCACGCGGCCGUCGCCGGCAUCGACGGGGACGUCAUCCGCGACCACUACGUCGUCCAGGAGACGGGCAUCGUCAAGACAUCGCUCUUCUUGCGCGAUCUGGCGACCGCUCAGCUCCUCGCACUGGACAAGGCCAACGUCGCCGCUGUGCGCCGCGACGACGACGACGACGACGAGUUGUCGCUCAGUGACGGUUCGUCCCACGCAAGUCAAAGUGACGAUAGCAGCAGUUGUGCGAGCGGACGUAGCGCAAGUCCACGUCGCCGGUCGUCGCCGGGGAAGAUCAUGUCCAUGGACGCCGUCUUGGACCGUGUGCUUCUCACGGCGGGGUGGUCGUCGUCCAAAUGCCACAGGUGCGACACCAAGCUUGCGGAAGCCAACACGCGGCUUCCGUGGCGCCCCAAAGCCUUUGCGCAGUUCCUCUUGGGGCUUAAAUUACCAUGGAAAAAGUCGGAUCUGGACGCGAUCACAGCAGCGUGCAAGACAAAGCACCAUCGCGUCGACGCAACUGCGUUCGUUCAUGCUAUGGAGGCGGCCCUCGAUCGCUACGGUGGGGCCUCGCCACUCGAAACGUCGCGCUUCGCCACAUCGGGGCCAUCGACUUUGUCGCUGCCGAGUCUUAUGGGGCGUCUCUAUCAAAGCUUUUUGAGUGCUGCUCAGCGCAACAUCAACGGGCUCUCGCUCCUCGAGAAGUGUGACGUACACCAUCGCGGCCACAUUGAGUGGGGCGAGUUCAGCACCGUGCUUCGGCUCAUCGAGUGCCCUCUCGACCCCUCGGAGCUCCAAGCGCUCCAACACGCGCUUCGAUCGAAAGCGCAGUGUCCGUAUCGCGCGUUUGCAACACUUCUCGAGACAUACGCACCGCCCGUCGCUCCUCCGGUCGUCGAGCACGCGCCGCCUCGAUCCUUUGUUCCCGUCGUCGCACCCCAUGGCAUGAUGAUGGCGCCGCGAGCGCUCCCGCCGAGUCCGCGGUCGCUACAGCAGAUCGAAGACGACCUGCGCUCCUUCUUUGUACAGCAAGUACAUGUCGACAGGACGCGCUUCAUGACGCUCUGUCAGCAGUACGACGGUCAGCGCACGGGCUUUGUCACCCUCGACGGGUUCUUCGCAGCCUUGCGCCAGCUCAACAUGCCUGUGGGCCCCGAUGUCAUGGCGCAAGUCAGUGCACGGUUUGCGGCCACGUUCUCGGACCGCAUCGACUAUGUUGAGUUUGGUCAAGUUGUCUUUCGUGACACGCGACCACCAAUGUCGCGACUCAUUGAGCGCAACCCGACGCAGCCAUCGCUGUACCGAGAAGACGCGCCAGUCCUCACAGCGCGCACGGUCGAGACGUGGCUCAAAGAAGCCGCCACGGAAGACGAGAAGGCGCAUUUCAACCAAAUGUACAAUUCGAUCUUCGCCUUCAAAAAGCACGCGGCCCCCGUGGCGCCAACGCCGCGCCGCGCGCCGCCACCCAAAGCUGGCAGUUGGAGCUGCCCCGUGUGCUUCCACAGCCAGAGCCCGACGCUCGACCGCUGCGAGGUGUGCGCUGCGAAAAACACAUCGGCGUCGGCAGCGCCAUCGAGCGAAUUUGAAGUCGUGCUGCAGUGUCCCGUCUGCGCGUUCCGGAACAAGCCACCGCGACCGCCUGUGCGCUCUGCAUGA